AUGAAGCAGUCGGUUGACCUCAGAAAAAUCUCUUUUGGUCCGGCGAUAGAUUUCGGAAUGACACGAAUUGGAAGCUCCGAAAAAAGCAAGCACAAGCCCUCGGCAAUGUCUGGUGAGCAGCAGGAGCAGUCGGAAACAACGUUUUGUGCUCAAACGUGUCCAAAGGCGCUGAAUGGGGCAAUUUGGGGGGCUAUGGAAUGCAGUCGCUGUGAGGGUGAAGCCCAGCAACAACGUUGUGCGCUCAAACGUGCUCAAAUGCGCGGAAUGGGGGCCAUUUGGGGGCCUAGGGAGCAAAUCCUGUACAAAGGUGGUUCAAAAAAUAUGCAAUAUGUAUGGGAAAAGAAGUGGUAA